AUGCCCGAACCAUCGCCAGGCGUCAAUCACGCUGACUCCAUCGACCCGCAACAUGACACAGGAAAGAAGGAGGAGAAGAAGAAGAGCCGCCGGCCUGCAAGUACGUGGAAGCCCCGGACCGAUGUCAACCUCCCUUCGGCGGUCGCGGAAGCGCUGGGAUUCGAGCGAAACGAGGAAAGCGGUGCUGAUACUGAUACGGCAUUUCGUCAACAGCGCUUGAAGGCAUGGCAACCGAUCUUGACGCCUAAGACUGUCUUGCCCCUGUUCUUCAUUAUCGGCAUCAUCUUCGCUCCCAUCGGUGGACUACUGCUCUACGCAAGUGCCAAGGUCAAGGAGAUACGGAUCGACUACACCAACUGUCUUGCCGAAGCAACGGAGAACCUCGAGGCCAUGGAUUCGAAAUACAUUAGCACUGCGUUCAAGAGUGACGACCAGACCAAGAAUGCUGUGUGGGCUGUGACGGACAUCGAAGUUGAGGAUGGACCGAUUACAUACCCAGCGAAGCAAUGCAGGAUCCAGUUCACUAUCCCCGAAGACAUGGGGCCACCGGUGUUGUUCUACUAUCACCUCACGAACUUUUAUCAGAACCACAGACGAUACGUCGCGUCUUUCUAUGACAAGCAGCUCAAGGGUAAUGCGGAGUCUGGCAGUAAUGUCAACAGCUCCUCCUGCGAGCCCCUUGAGUGGGAUAAAGAAGCCGGGAAGCCGUAUUAUCCCUGUGGAUUGAUUGCAAACUCAAUGUUCAACGAUACAUUCACCUCGCCCCGCUGGUUGCAACAAGACGAGAUAUACCCGAUGUCGACGGACAAGAACAUUGCCUGGGCGUCCGAUGCUGACCUUUACGGCAAAACCAAGUACAACCCCGAGGAUGUUGUGCCGCCACCAAAUUGGAGAGUCCGGUAUCCCAAUUACACCGCCGAGCACCUCCCACCAGAUAUCUCCAAGUGGCCUGCUUUUCAGGUAUGGAUGAGGACUGCUGGGUUGCCGUCGUUCAGUAAAUUAUACCAGCGGAACGACGAUGAGACCAUGAAGCAAGGCCAAUACGAAGUCAAUAUUACCGACAAUUUCCCAACAACGGAGUACAAGGGAACCAAGUCCAUCGUUAUCACCACGCGUACAAUCAUGGGCGGCAGAAACCCUUUCCUCGGUAUUGCAUAUGUCGUAGUUGGUGGCAUGUGUAUUCUCCUCGGUGUAGUCUUCACUGUCACUCAUCUCAUCAAGCCGAGGAAGCUGGGUGACCACACCUACCUGUCCUGGAACAACGCACCAGGGUCCAAGCAGGGUGCUGGCGCCAGCUCGGCAAUUGCAUCAGGUCGUGAAGUACGACCCGGCGAAGCCUAG